CCAGGAGCCCUGCCAUUUACAGUGGCUCCUCUCUUUAUCUCUGACAUACCCGCUCUCUGGGAAUGAGGACAUUGAUCCAGCUCUGGAGAAUCUACAGGAUAACCACUGGAGUCCCUCUGGAUUCUCUGUUGCCAUGAUCCCAUGGUUUUGGAUGACCACGGACAUGGACACUCUUUGAAUUUCAUACCAUGCAGAGUCAUUUUUAUUUCCCUGGGUCCUUGACUGACUUUAGAACAGGAUGAACUUUAUAUUGGUUCAGCAGACUGUUUACUGUUUCUUCUUCUUCUUCUUCUUCUUCUUCUUCUUCUUCUUCUUCUUUUCUUUUUUUUUUUUUCAUCUUCCCUGCUCAGUGCCCAACCCAAGUUCAAAGGCUGAUGAGCAAGAAAAACUCAUGAAGAGGUUUUACUCUAGGGAAAGUUGUUCAGUGGAUGGGAUCUUGGUGCAUAGGGAAAGAUGUCAGGCUCUUUCUGGCUCCUUCUCAGCUUUGCUGCUUUAACUGCUGCUCAAUCCACCACUGAAGAACUGGCCAAGACAUUUUUGGAGAAGUUUAACCAUGAAGCCGAAGAGCUGUCUUAUCAAAGUUCACUUGCUUCCUGGAAUUAUAACACCAAUAUCACAGACGAGAAUGUCCAAAAAAUGAAUGAGGCCGGGGCCAAAUGGUCUGCCUUUUAUGAAGAACAGUCCAAGCUUGCCAAAACUUACCCGCUAGCAGAAAUUCACAAUACCACCGUCAAACGUCAAUUGCAGGCCCUUCAGCAGAGUGGGUCAUCAGUGCUCUCAGCAGACAAGAACCAACGAUUGAACACAAUCUUAAAUGCAAUGAGCACGAUCUACAGUACUGGAAAAGCUUGUAACCCAAACAAUCCACAGGAGUGCUUAUUACUUGAACCAGGCUUGGAUGACAUAAUGGAAAACAGCAAAGACUACAAUGAGAGGCUCUGGGCUUGGGAAGGCUGGAGGGCUGAGGUCGGCAAGCAGCUGAGGCCAUUAUAUGAAGAGUAUGUGGCCCUGAAAAAUGAGAUGGCAAGAGCAAACAAUUAUGAGGACUAUGGAGAUUAUUGGAGAGGAGAUUAUGAAGAGGAGUGGACAGAUGGCUAUAACUAUAGCCGCAGCCAGUUGAUUAAAGAUGUGGAACAUACCUUCACACAGAUUAAGCCACUGUACCAACAUCUUCAUGCUUACGUGAGGGCAAAGUUGAUGGAUACCUACCCUUCCCGUAUCAGCCCAACUGGAUGCCUCCCUGCCCAUUUGCUUGGCGAUAUGUGGGGUCGAUUUUGGACAAAUCUGUACCCUUUGACAGUCCCCUUUGGACAGAAACCAAACAUAGAUGUUACUGAUGCAAUGGUGAACCAGAGCUGGGAUGCAAGGAGGAUAUUCAAGGAAGCUGAGAAAUUCUUUGUGUCUGUUGGCCUUCCCAACAUGACUCAAGGAUUCUGGGAAAACUCCAUGCUAACCGAGCCAGGCAACAGCCGGAAAGUGGUCUGCCACCCCACAGCUUGGGACCUAGGGAAGGGUGACUUCAGGAUCAAGAUGUGCACAAAGGUGACGAUGGAUGACUUCCUGACAGCCCAUCACGAGAUGGGACACAUCCAGUAUGACAUGGCAUAUGCCGUGCAACCCUUCCUGCUAAGAAAUGGAGCUAAUGAGGGGUUCCAUGAAGCUGUCGGGGAGAUCAUGUCACUUUCUGCGGCUACACCCAACCAUCUGAAAACCAUUGGUCUUCUGUCACCUGGUUUUUCUGAAGACAGAGAAACAGAAAUAAACUUCCUACUCAAACAAGCACUUACAAUUGUUGGAACGCUACCAUUUACUUAUAUGUUAGAAAAGUGGAGGUGGAUGGUCUUUAAGGGUGAAAUUCCCAAGGAGCAGUGGAUGCAAAAGUGGUGGGAGAUGAAGCGAGAGAUAGUCGGGGUGGUGGAGCCUGUGCCUCAUGAUGAAACAUACUGUGACCCUGCAUCUCUGUUCCAUGUUGCUAAUGAUUACUCAUUCAUCAGAUACUACACAAGGACCAUUUAUCAAUUCCAGUUUCAAGAAGCCCUUUGUCGAAUAGCUAAACAUGAAGGUCCCCUGCACAAAUGUGAUAUCUCAAAUUCCAGUGAAGCCGGGAAGAAGCUGCUCCAAAUGCUGACCCUUGGAAAAUCAAAGCCCUGGACCUUAGCAUUGGAACAUGUUGUAGGAGAAAAGAAUAUGAAUGUAACACCACUGCUCAAGUACUUUGAGCCCUUGUUUACCUGGCUGAAAGAGCAGAACAGGAAUUCUUUUGUGGGAUGGAACACUGACUGGCGUCCAUAUGCUGACCAAAGCAUUAAAGUGAGGAUAAGCCUAAAAUCAGCUCUUGGAGACGAAGCAUAUGAAUGGAAUGACAAUGAAAUGUACUUGUUCCGGUCAUCUGUUGCAUACGCCAUGAGAGAAUAUUUUUCCAAAGUCAAAAACCAGACGAUUCCUUUUGUGGAGGAUAACGUGUGGGUGAGCAAUUUGAAACCAAGGAUCUCCUUCAACUUCUUUGUCACUGCAUCGAAAAAUGUGUCUGACGUCAUUCCUAGAAGUGAAGUCGAAGAGGCCAUCAGGAUGUCCCGGAGCCGUAUCAAUGAUGCUUUCCGCCUGGAUGACAACAGCCUGGAGUUUCUGGGUAUUCAGCCAACUCUGUCACCCCCUUACCAGCCACCUGUCACCAUAUGGCUGAUUGUUUUUGGGGUCGUGAUGGGUGUGGUAGUGGUUGGUAUUGUCCUGCUCAUCGUCUCCGGGAUCAGAAAUCGAAGGAAGAACAAUCAAGCAAGAAGUGAAGAAAAUCCUUACUCCUCCGUGGACUUGAGUAAAGGAGAAAAUAAUCCAGGAUUCCAACAUGCUGAUGAUGUUCAGACUUCAUUUUAGGAAAAUCUAUUUCCUCUUGAGGUGAUUUCAUUGUAUGUAAAUGUUGAUUUUACGGCACUGACAAUAUGAGAUUAUAAAGAUGUCAUUAAAUAUCAAAA